AUGUUGAGACUGAAAGGCUGUUUAAUUAUUCUCAUUGGUUACGUUGUUUCUGUAUGUGCUUUAUUUUCCAGCAGAGGAAGAAACCCGUCAUUAGCUGAUUGGGAGAAGUUAAAGGAUCAAAAAUUAUCGAAUAUUGGUAAUUUUGGUUUGACAGGUCACUAUCUAUUAAGCUUUUUCCAGGAGAACUUGGAUCUUUUAAGCUUUCCUGAGAAAAACUAUCACCACACACAUGUUUCUUUGUAUUAUGAUGUUUUUAAAGAGUAUAUCCUACACAAUAUCAACUCAAAGAAGUGUUUGCCCGUAAACUCUGCUAUUUCAAGGUUGAACAAAGAUGUCAAUCCUAUACCAGUUCACUCUCACAAUGACUAUUGGAGGAAGUUACCGCUCUUUGAAGGUUUAGCCUAUGGUGCUAGAAGCACUGAAGCUGACGUGUGGAAUAUUGACGGAAAGAUUCUAGCUGUCGGCCAUAAUGAAGCGUAUUUAGACCCUGUUGAAUUAACACUGGAUAAGCUAUAUACCGGUCCGCUUUUAUCGAUAUUAGAUGAGGUAAACUGCCUCGACUCAGACUCUGAACACAAGAAUGGAGUAUUUUUUAAUUCCCCUGAAACUUCACUUUUCUUUUAUAUUGAUUUCAAGUCAGAUGAUAACGAAUUAACUUAUAAACUACUAAUGCAAGAAUACCUUAAACCGCUGAUUGAUUCUGGUUAUUUAACGUAUUAUGAUAUGAAUAAGGAUGAGAUUGUUUGGAAACCUGUUACCGUUGUAUUAACAGGCAAUUACCCAACGUCUUUACACGUAUUGGAUAAUGAAAAUGAUGAUGGUUAUUUUAAGUCAGAGCAAAGAUUUGCAUUUUUGGAUGCACCGUUGUUAGAUUUGGACCCCAAAUACUCAAAGCUUUCUGUAACUACGACAGUUUCGUUCGACCACUUAAUGAAACAUUGUGAUUCCGAUCUUUGGAAGGUAUUGCUAAGGGGCCAUAUGGACUCAAAUGAGAUUAAUUGUGCUAAAAGUUUGAUUGAAGAUUCUCAUGCACUGAAACUCGAGACAAGAAUCUGGGGAGCUCCAACCUGGCCAGCUAACACGGUGAAAGCAAUUUCUCACCAAAUUGUCCAUGACUUGGGUUCCGAUCUACUCAACCUGGAUAAUUUGUUCAUGGCAUCGUCAUUAAUAUAA